CGAAGCUGCCUACUAGAGUAGUCAGUUAGCGGCGGCGGAUCAGGCACGAUGGGCGCGGACAAGCCCAACGGCGUGGUGGACUAUUGCAGGAGACCGCCGCAGAGGCCGUUCUUCCAGCAAAUACAGUACGCCAUUUGGAAUCCAGAGGAGAGGACCUUCCUAGGGCGCACCGGGAAACGAUGGGGUGUCAUCGGUUUGAUCUACCUGGUGAUGUACAUCUGCAUCAUCAUAUUUUUCUCGAUCUGUAUGUGCGGUCUCCUGGCCACGAUGGAUGAAAGGAUUCCUUACUUCACGCUUGCUGACUCUAUUAUAGGCGACAACCCCGGCAUGGGCCACAGGCCGCUGCUGUUCGAGGAGGGCGCCCUCAUCUGGUACUCGGCUGACAACUCCACACAGGUCAAGAAGUAUGUGGACAACAUCAAUCAAUUUCUAGCACCCUAUGAAAACAAAAGCCUACUGAUCAACAAGGGCGUGAAUCAGCGCGAGUGCGGUGAUGUGAAGCCGCCGCGGGAGGAAGUGUGCGCAUUCGACACUAAGCAGUUUGGACCGUGCUCCAAGCAGAACAAUUACGGCUACUCCUCCAAAACGCCUUGUAUCAUCAUCAAACUAAAUAGGUUAUUCAACUGGAAUCCCGAUUUCUACGACGAUCCCGGCGACCUGCCCCCUACGAUGCCUCCAGACAUCAAGGAGUAUAUCAAUUCCACCACAACGGCGCAGCAACGUCGCAAAGUGUGGGUGUCGUGCAUGGGCGAGCGGCCAGCCGACGUCGACGCUCUGGGCCCUUUGAAAUAUUGGCCAUACCCUGGUCUGCCAGAGACAUAUUUCCCGUAUGACAACACGCCAGGUUACCUCAGUCCCCUGGUAGCAGUGCAGCUCCUCAAACCAACUUUGCACCAGAUUAUAAACAUUCGAUGCCGCGCGUGGGCUCGCAAUAUCAAAUACACGCCGAGUUUGAAGGAGAGGCUCGGCUCUACACAUCUCGAGAUUAUGAUCGAUUGAGUGGCCAGUUUACGUUUUAAUUUAUAAUUAGAAUCUGAAUGUUAGUCGAAUUUUUUCUCAUAAUUUUAUACAUUAAAUUAUUUUUAUAUUUAUAUUUUAUUUGUUUUUAAACGUACUUAUUGUAAGGUGAAAUUGAAAUCGUUAGCAUUGUUCGAGUUCUAACAGUAAAAAUACUGGUCAAUGUCAACGUCAAUUUAUUUAUUAAAGAAAAAUGAGAAAAAUGAUGUGGGAGACCAAAAUUGUUUUAUU